AUGCCGCGAGCUCCACUCUUCGUCAGUACUGCGCAGACUCUGGCUCCAAAUGACGUCACCAGCCCAACGGCUGAACCUGAACCGGGUUGUUUGUGCUUCGCUGUUGAACAGAAUGGUGGAACACCUCCUCCUCUGCUCCUGGAGCCUCCACUGCAGAGCGGCUGCUCCUCCUGUCUCCAGGCCGCUGUAGGACGCUGCGGGGCGGGGAAGAAGCGUCGCGGGGAGCCGCUGGUGUGGAUGAGCGGGUGUGUGGAGCUCCUGCAGCCGCGUCUCCUCCCUCAUGCGGCGGAUAGACGCUCGGAACAAACACCGGCUGCUUCCCUUCAUGCCUGCUGGUCUCAGUACCUGGCUGUGGACGUGAGGAGGCUGAACGUCAGUCUUCUUCGGUGGUUUCGGGAAGGCGUGGCGGCGGCGCUGGGCGUUCCUGCAGGACACGUUCACAUCAACCGACUCAAUGAGAAGAAAAAUGGCAUCGAGCUCUUCGUGUCCUCUGAUAGGCUGGGCAUCUCAGAGCCCCGCCCCGCUGAGGAGGUCAUCCAAUCACUGAACGUCAGGAUCCUCCACCGCCACCUGGGCCACUUCGGCAUCACAGAGGUCUCCACCGAGAAGAACGUGCUGCAGGGCGAGCAGAGGGAGCACGUCUGGAGCCGAGAAGGUUUCUACACCGUCGUCCUCUUCUUCACCGUCUUCAUCAUCGUCAUCACCUGCUUGAUGGUUUUGUACAGACUCAAGGAGAAGGUUCAUGUUUCUGACAGACAGCUGAAGGCUCCGCCCCCUGACCUCCACCUGACCCCGACCGUCCAAUCAGACUCCGCCCAGAAGUCGAAGGGCGCCAAGGUUGUGACGUCAGGAAGCAUGGUCCAGGCUGAGCUCCCUCCUGUUGUAGCCACGCCCCCUCGCCAGCAGCAGCCAAUCGCAGCGUGCCGCCGCCUCGCUCCUCCCGUCGUCCCUCUGCCCAGCCCCGCCCCCCUCGCCGCCAGCUGUAACGACCACGCCCCCCUCGCCAGCGUUGCCCCGGUGACAGCCAAUAACGAGCUCAAGCCGUGCCCCUCCCCCUUCAGGAUGAAACCUGCUGCAGGACUCCAAGAGAGGCGCGGCUCCAACGUGUCUCUGGUGUUGGACAUGUCGGCUCUCGGCGCCGUGGAGCCUCUGAGCGUCGCCGUGGUAACCCCGAGAGAGGCGGCGGCCAGAGAGUACCUGCUGGCCGCCGGGCGACCUUUGACCCGACAGCAGCUCAGAGACAUCGUCAACAACACGCACAAGCUGCACGCAGAGUUCGCUGAAAUUCCAAUGAAUUUUAUUGAUCCUAAGGAGCUCGAUAUUCCGAACCACGGGACCAAGAACAGAUACAAGACCAUCCUGCCCAAUCCUCAUUCCAGAGUGAUCCUGAAGUCAAAGAGCAGCAACGACCUGCUGGGCUCCUACAUCAACGCCAACUACAUCAGAGGUUACCAUGGCGAGGAGAAGGCGUUCAUCGCCACGCAGGGCCCAAUGGUGAACACGGUGAACGACUUCUGGCUGAUGGCGUGGCAGGAGGAGGCGCCCGUCAUCGUCAUGAUCACCAAGCUGAAGGAGAAGAACGAGAAGUGCGUCCUGUACUGGCCGGAGAAGAGAGGGAUCUACGGGAAGGUGGAAGUUCUGGUGAACAACGUCAGAGAGUGUGAACACUUCACCACCCGCAGCCUCACACUCAAAUGUGGGAAUCAAACCCGCGUGCUGCAGCAUUACUGGUACACGUCGUGGCCCGACCACAAAACCCCCGACUCCACCAUGCCGCUGCUGCAGCUGAUGGAGGAGGUGGAGGCGGACCGGCGGGCGGCCGCCGCCCUCGGCCCCGUCAUCGUCCACUGCAGCGCCGGGAUCGGUCGGACGGGCUGCUUCGUCGCCACGACGAUAGGCUGCCGACAGCUGCAGCUGGAGGGAGUCGUUGAUGUUCUGAGCAUCACCUGCCGCCUCCGAGCCGACAGAGGAGGUAUGAUCCAGACAGGUGAGCAGUACGAGUUCGUCCAUCACGCCUUGAGCCUGUACGAGGCCCGCCUCUCUGCAGAAACCGGCCAAUGAGGACGCUCCACCUCACGGGAGGCGUCGACUGAAGUUUGCUGACAUGGACGAGUCCUUAUUGCAGGUAUGAUCUCUGAAAGAGGUCUUUGACUGACAACCAGGGAGGACUGCUGUGGGCGGAGCCUGCUGAAGGGAAGAAGGAAUGUAUCCGUUCUUCUUCUUCUCUGGUGUUUCUUCUUCAUGUGUUGCUGGAGACUGGAGUUCCAAAGACUCUUUAACUGAGUGUGGGAUCGUGUUUUUAACUAACCAGACUGUCCUGUUACCUCUUUUCUGUCAUGGAGACGUAGAAAUAGUUUUGACUGAACUCGAUGGUACGUUGUUCAAUAACACUGUUGUGUUUCUGUGUCUUAUUAUAGAAUUUUAAAAUUAUUUUGUAUAUCGUGGUGUUCUUAUAAGAGAGGAUACUGGAAAACGACUGUUAGCUGGUUGCACCUUUUGGUUAAUCUACUAAACCAACCAACUCUUCCAGCCUCGCGGCUUCUGUGACGCCCGCACUCCGUACGUUACAAAAUUACAGUUUUGGAGAAGAAUCCAUAACAACAAUUGCAGUCUAUUGGUCUCUUCAGGUUUUGUUGGCACUAAUCCGUCUAAUUUAGUUGAAAUCUUAAUUGUAGUACUUAGCAGGGCUCUACUCUACUACAUUUCCAGAGGAGUACGUGUGCUUUUAAGAUGAAAACAUUUAGGAGGAUGGUUAAAACUGUUCAAAUAAUCCAAUUUAAUCACAAACUGGCACAUUUGUGCUCCCCAUGUCUCUCGUUUUGUGGGUUAUCUACCAUUUGGGACCACUGAAAACUGUUGGGAUCAUUGGAACCAUCAGAACUGUUGGGGUCAUUGGAACCAUCAGGACUGUUGGGGUCAUUGGAACCAUCAGGACUGUUGGGGUCAUUGGAACCAUCAGGACUGAUGAGGUCAUUGGAACCAUCAGGACUAUUGGGGUCAUUGGAACCAUCAGGACUGUUGGGAUCAUUGGAACCAUCAGGACUCUUGGAGUCAUUGGAACCAUCAGGACUGUUGGGGUCAUUGGAACCAUCAGGACUCUUGGAGUCAUUGGAACCAUCAGGACUGUUGGGGUCAUUGGAACCAUCAGGACUGUUGGGAUCAUUGGAACCAUCAGGACUGUUGGGGUCAUUGGAACCAUCAGGACUGUUAAAGUCCACCAGAAAUUAUGGUUUCGGACAAUUUUUCUCUGGUAUUUGACGACACAUUGAUUUCACCUUUAUUGGCAACAUUUGGAAUAGUUUUUUCCUUACAAAUGAAGUUCGUGUGGGCAAUUAUUUUUUCUAAACUGUUUUAAAAAAUAUCUGGAUACGUGUAGACGGAGCCAAAACUUCCCAGAAACACUAAAUGUGUCAGUAACUUUCAGGUCAAGUAACCUGAAACCUGCUGACGUGUUUAAGCAGACAGUGUUGAAUCGUUGAGCCAAUUUCUGUCUAAUACAAUAUAUAAACCCCUAUUGAUUUGUUAUCAAGUACAACAAACAAACAGAACUUAAUAAUUUCCACAGACUGCGCUGCUGGCGGUACAUUUUAAAGCAGCUCGGUAACUUACGGAGUGCCGAAGUCACAAUUGGGGCGAACGUCCAGCCAUAGCUCACAUGCUAAAAGCUAACAAACCAAUGUUAUGACAAAUAAGCUCCUGCUAAGCUAGUUCUCAUAGUACAGCAAUCUCAUAGAGGCUAAUUCUAGCUUCAGUAGUUCAGCGUUUGCUUUAAUGUCAAUAAAUAGAUGCUAACCUAUAAGCUCAUGCUAUUAUUAGCCCGCUAUGCUAACGCAAUAUUUUGUUAAAACCAAUUAAAUCUAGUAUUCCACUGCUAAACAAAGCUUGUUAAAGGGUAAUUUGUUUGUUUCAGCGAUUCUUUUUAUACUAUCUUAUAAAGAACAUGGACUCAAUGCCCCAUCAUUAAGUUUCAGAUUAAUAAUUAAUAAAAUAUUUGUAAAACACAAAGAAAUGGAGGCUAGUGGAGCAGAAGCUAGCUCGAAGUGUUUAAUUGCUUUCAGUCACAAUAUAUUUGAUCCAUUUUUUAAAUGUAUCUUUAUUUUAGCCAAAGUGUUCAACACUCAGACAAAUUAUAAAGUUUUCUGAGAAAUGUUGUGCUGCUUAGUCUCAGAGUUUACACUCUGUUUAGUUUUUAACCUUCUUGCAUCGACAAUUCCCCUUGUUGUUGUGUGACACGUUGCUUUAUACCAAAAAUGUGAAAUAAUUUAAUGGUGCAGUCAUCUCAUCGAUGUGCUGUUGUAAAUUGUUAUCUAGUGAGUAUGUUAUUUUUCUUGGUGCAUCAAAGUAAUAACUUUAUUUUUAUACAGUUUUUACAUGUUUUUGAAGUGUUUUAGCAGCUAUCAGCCAUUUGUCGACUCGCAUGGAAGCUAUUCGGGGAGUACAAACCUCAUCAUCUCUAAACCCCCAACUCAACAGGAACUACAUGGAAUUAACAGUUAAAUUUUAACGUUUAAACAUGUAUCCCCUAUCAAGGCUCCAUAUUGUAAUGAUAGAGCAGCAAUUCAAACAUUGGAAGAAGAAACAUUACAAACUGAGAGCUAAACUUGUUGUGAAUAAAACUAUGUUCCUCUUUUUUUUCUUCAAAUGUCUUCUGAUUAUUUUACAUUGUUACAGCUUUAAAAAAAAUCAAAAUAGUGAUCUAUGAAACGAUUUCAGUGCCAGUGCAAUGGAGAUCAAAUGUCAAGUUCAGUGUUUAGAAGUCAAACAUGUUUUGGAAUAAAAUGCAAAACAAAAAUGAACAUUCAGGGUUGGUUGUGUCAGUUCCUGGAGUGUUGACUUGCUUUAGAGAUCUGAGGUUUCUGCUGUAAUGCCAGUGACGAAGAACAGUAACAUUUUACAUCUAAUUUGUGUGAAUGGGAUACCAUUGUGCAGUACAUGUUAAAGUGCUUUUAAACCUAAUGUGGGCAGUAACAUUUCUAAUCCAUGGACCACAAACUAACACAGAGAUCUUGCUGCUAAAACCGUAAUCGUUAGGAUGACUGGGAUCGUUGGACCCAUUGGCACUUUUGGGACCAUUGGAAUCAAUGGGAAUCGCUUGAACUGUUGGAACCAUUUGAAUCAAGGGGAUCAUUGGAACUGUUGGGACCAAUGGGAUCUUCUGAACCAUUGGAACUGUUUGGAUCAUUGGAACUGUUGGGACCAUUGGGAUCAUUGGGAACAAUGGAACCAUUGGGAUCAUUGAAACUUUUGGGACUGUUGGGAUCGUUUAGACCAUUGGGACCGCUGAUGAACAAUAAACGAGAUAAACUUUGAAUACUCUUCUUUUUCUAUGUACCAAAUUAUUUUUUAUUUAUUCCUUUUUUCUUGUGAUACAAUCAAGAGACGUUGGACCAGUGUCUCUUUGUCCAACAUGCCUCCAUGGGACCAUCAUCAACCCAGUUCUCACUUCAGUCAAUUCAGGAUUGAUUUCAAGCUCAAAAUGGUUAAAAACCUGGCAUUGAAGGGAGAUAUUGACGUUAUUUCCUGCUUGAGUUGACUGAAGUGAAGCGAGUUGAGCCCAACCUCCAUACCCACUGCAGCAGCGGGUACAACACACUGCCUCUGACGUAGUAUUGUGUCUGUACAGUAGCUGGUGGUUCAUGUCCUGUACUUUAUCGUUGUUGACUGUUCAUGGAGCUUAAAGGGACACUACACAUGUUCAAUUUUAGUCUGAACACAUGUCCUGUAUUCACUUUAAUUGUAUUGCAUUUAUGCUGUUAGGUUUAAGGCUAAGGUUUUAUUUUACAGUUCUCAUAGUUUCUACUGGUUAUUCAGAAAGAAGAUUCGUUACUGUAAGCAUUAAAGUUUCUUCUGUGAUGUGGAACUAAAUGGUGCACUUUUAAUAGAAUUUGCAAUCAACCACUAUCGUAAUGAGAGUGUUGUUGAAAUAUCUAACUACUGUUACUUUAUUUCAAACUUUUAUAUAUGCCAGUUAACUUUUAUUCAACCAGACAGUGUUGGUUAGAUGGAAAAAUUAAAUUAAAUUUCAUCUAAACAUCCAUUUCUAACUGCUGUAAAGGACAGAACUAGCACAUUAAAAUAUUAAAAACCUGCUAGUGUCCCUUUAAGCUCCGGCUGUGUGGGUAUUACAGCUCAGUCAGAGUACACCUGAUGAUAAUUAGUGUAGGUACGUUACCUGGUUUUUAACUGUAUUACUAAUCAACUUGAAUGUUGUACUAGUCUGGAACAUUAGCCAACGAGUAGUGCUGUAACCUCUCUAUCUACUCUAUCUACAUAUAUAUUGUUCCCUGUAAUCUGUACAUAAACACUGGACAUAAAAACUACGGAGCUCUGA